GCUGCGGCCCGGUGCGCCACCUCCAUGCCAAGAGAGCCAAACUCUUAUCGGUCCCGCGCUUUGCUCUCUUCGUCGAGCGCUUGUGUUGUGUAGUUGUAACAAGUCGUCUGUUUGUGUAGCAGUGACGUAAGAACCUUGUUCAUGUGUUUUAUAUCGUAAAAUAAGAAAAAAAUAGUUGCGUUUUUGUUGACGGUUCCUAUAUAUCUGUGCGUUUAGUGAACAUAUUUGCUUUUAUUGUGAUUGUCAAGAAACUACAAUAUCUAUUACUUAGUCUGUAUAUACUCUUUAAUCAAGAAAUAUUUAGAUCUGUAGACAGAUUUGUACUUGAAUGUUCUGUAAACUUUGAAAAGGUACAAAAAAUUGAAAAUAUUGUGUACUUCACUCUGGAAGAAGUUCUAUUGAGAAGACAAAGCUGCGACGCUUCCAUCUAAGGCCAGUGAAGAAAUGGACAGCGUUAACGCAAAGGAUAAACUAGUUGCUGCUGGAUGUCUGUACAUCUUGUCUCAUAUUUAGUCUUGAAUCGGAAAACGAUGUCACUAAGAUGAAUGCCUUACAAGAAAUCUAGCAUGACUUUUGUUGCAACAGCAUGGAUCGUUGCAAAUCAAGAAGUCACUACUACUUUACAGGAAAAACGUUUUUCGAGAAGGAAUGUACGAAAAAAUGUACUUAAACAUGAGGUGCGGAAGUGAAGUGAUACCUGGAAAGAUGUAUGCACCUAAAUGCUUAUAAAGAAUUAAGAAAGCAAGUUUUCUUUCAUAGCUGUCGAACAAUUGCUUGUGUGCAAAACGUUAGUUGCAAAGUGGUUAUUGUGGCAAAAGUUAGAAAUACCUAAACCGUUAUGUUGAUGUAUGUUGUGAUUAUAAGUUGUGCAAGUAUCUGUGAGAAGAUCAAAGUAUCUGUAACCUCGUUAUGAACCUCGUGGGAAAUUUUCAUUAUUGGUCAUAGCUAAAUAACGUAACUGAUGUCCUUUAGAUGUCUGCGUAAAGUAAAAACUUGAACGUUGAUGCUUCCAUUAGAUAUCCUACCAAAAACAUGAAACCAAUCUGUUGAAAUUAAGGCUUAUGAAACGUUCGUGAUUAGAGUCAAAUACACGAUCCAAAUGCCUCAAUAGCACAGUCGAUCAUCGGCGUGUACUCCUGCUGCCUUCCGCUUGCGCUGCUUGCCUGUGAACAUGUGGGCAGUGUGGGCACUUAUGUGGCUCAGCGGGGCAUGGUCCAUCAUGUCUGCCUUAGGCUUGCCGGACCCGACGACCGAGCAAGAAGUGUCGGUGACGGUGGAGGGCGUGGAGGGCGACACGGCCGCCGUGCCCUGCGACCUCUUCCCGACGGACCCCAAGGACAGAGUCAACCUCAUUCUCUGGUAUAAAGACGAAGAUAAGGAUCCCAUUUACAGUUACGACGCCCGAAUGGCGGUGUUUACGAGUGAGCGGCAUCACUUGAAAGACCUCAGCCUCAAGGGACGCGUGUCUUUCACUCCAUCUCCAGGAGAGCCCAUCCCGCACACUCUAACACUCAGUCGACUUGUCGCUAGUGAUGCCGGGCGAUACACCUGUCGAGUCGACUUCAUGCUUGCUCAGUCCACCACCCGCGCCGCCCAGCUGAGGGUGGUGGCUCCGGUGGACUUGCUGAUCAUCACCGACGGAAUGGGCCACCCCGUGCCGCCCGUCCUGCCUCCAAUUCCAGAGGGGGGAACGCUCAAUAUCACGUGUACAGCGCGAGGGGGCCGGCCCUCCCCCAAGGUGUCCUGGUGGUUCGGCGACGCCGUCAUCGACGACUCGUGGGAAUCCGUAGCAGCGGGCGUCGUGUCCAACACCCUGGUGCUGACGCCCCUGACACGCGCGCAGGCACAUUCCGUUCUCACCUGCAAGGCCGCCACCGCGCCCGUGGCCGUUACCACCGCCACGGUCACCAUUGACAUGUACCUAAGACCGGUCUCGGUGACCAUCACCGGUCCAGCUGCGAUCGGGUCGGUCCGGGCCGGGGACAUGCUGGACCUGACCUGCACGGCGCGUGGGUCAAGGCCGCAGCCCAUCAUCACCUGGUACAAGGGCGCGACGCUCAUCCGCACCGAGAACACGAACACGAAGGACGCCGUGACGGGCGUGGGCGGCGUGAGUCACGUGCGGGUGAAGGUGGACCGGCGAGACAACGGGGCGAGGAUCACCUGCCGAGCCACGAACCCCGACCUUCCGCGUCACAAUAUUCAUGAACACAUCGUCAUCAACGUUACCUGUGAUACCCCCUUCACGCGAGGAAUUGUGGAGCUCCUCCGCAUGGUGGUGGCGCAGCUGGGACGUCAAAAACUUGAGUGGUCAAUUAGAUCGACAUUAACUUCCGGGUCAUGGUUCCUUCCACACGAGCAAUUAACCCUCCCAGAGACAAGUCCGCGACUGGCCUCUGACAUGCUCACUCACCCUGUGAGGACGCCGAACCCUCCUCCACACCCGGUCGCUUUCAUGCACGAGGACACGGAAGUUCGCCAGGACAAGGCCGCGGGAGUGAUGAUCAAUGGGAACAAUUUGGUGCUCAGUAAAGUCAGGAAAACUCAAGCUGGACAUUACUACUGCAAGGCUACAAAUUCCGAGGGAAAUGGUGUUAGCCCGCCUGUGAAUAUAACCGUGCGCUACGCCCCCGUGUGCGCCGAGGCCAAGGACGUGUGGGCGGAGCCGGGCAACACGGUGAGCGCCCGCUGCCGCGUGAACGCCUCGCCGGAGGACUCGAUCUCGUUCUCGUGGGUGUGGGUCACCAACUCAUACACCCGCCGCGUCAUCCCCUCGCACAUCACCUCCGAGGGGCUCCGCGUCCAUGGUGGAGUUCACGGUGCCGCGGGACAACAUCACGGAGCUGGGAUCCAACAACAGGAUGGGCGCUUUGCAGUGCUGGGCCGAGAACUCCGUGGGUCGCCAGGACACGCCCUGCAUCGUCGCCGUCAGGAAGCCGAGGGUGGAGCCGGUACGUCUAGACCCUUGUGGUAG